AGAAUAUCGAAGAAGAUGGCGCGAGUGUCGGCAUAUCAAAGAUUUUAAGACGGGAGUGUCCAUCCCCCACUGACGAGGCUAUCGCAGAUGUCGUGGACGCGAGUACGUGGUGUUGAAUGCAGAGUGAUUCGUCUCACGCGAGUUUCUGAGUUCAUGGGAGUUGUGUUCACAAUGGAUUGCUCGAUACCUGUUGCGCGAGUUUACGAUAACCGAUAUCAAUCGUUAACUGGUCGUCAUUACUCAUCCUAGAGAGAGCUUAAUAAUUGGAAGCGAUCGAGAAUGAGGAAGUAUCGUGAACGUCGUCGUCGUCGUCGCCGUCGCUGUUAUUGUUACUGACCACCGUUCUUCGUGUUGACAGAGAGAGUGCACGUUGUUCCUGAAUCGUGUUUAUUUACGAUACGUCUUUGUACGACCGUGCGCUACCGCCGAGAUUGCGCGCCCGUGUUAAUUGAUACAUACGUAUAUAUAUAUAUAUACAUACAUAUAUAUAUAAAAUAUAGAUAUAUACACAUGUAUGUAUAUUCGUCUCUUCGAGUGUGACAUAUACAAAGUCGAAACAAUGGGUAGCGUGCAAAGUCGUACCAACGAGAACGACGCCGGUGUACGGGAAGUAUUUCAUGGGGCUAUCAAAGACGGAUCUUCUCAGCAUUCUUAUCAGCCAACGAGUCACGGUAUCGGAGCUUUGGCCGGAUUACAUGCGAAAAGUGGCAGCGUCCGUGGUGCACCAAGACAACCGAUGCCGGAUGCCGUAGAACUUGAAAGGCGCUUUACCAAAGUCUUGGCUUCUAUGGAUUUACCACCGGAUAAGGCGAAACUUUUGAAACAGUACGAUAACGAAAAAAAAUGGGAUAUUAUAUGCGAUCAGGAAAGGGUACAAGCGAAAGAUCCCCCGUCGCACUACUUGGCAAAAUUACGUACAUACUUGGAUCCAAAAGCGUCACGAAGCCAUCGAUCGUAUCGUUUCCUCACAUUCUUCCAGAAAAGAAAAAUGGUCGGGGAGUCUACAUCGACCCAAGUACUUCGGGAUUUGGAAAUCUCCUUGCGCACAAAUCAUAUAGAGAAUGUUUCAGAUGGGUAAGGGAAUUCCUGGACGAGGAGAAUCAAGGACUGGAUGCGCUGAUAGAUUACCUUAGCUUCAGAUUACUCAUGAUGCGACACGAACAACGUCUUUUGGAAUCUCACGCUAGUUCUGAAGAAAAAUUACAAACGAUCGAAACAGGUGGUUCUUCGCACUUGAAUAAUGGAUGUUUAAGACCAUCUCUUCACGAACUUAAAGACAGUCCCAGUGUAAAACGCAGAUCCAGACAUGUGGCUCGUUUGAAUAUGGGCGAAGCAAAGGACGAUAUCCAUGUUUGCAUACUUUGUAUGCGUGCCAUUAUGAAUAAUAAGUACGGGUUCAAUAUGGUUAUACAACACAGAGAAGCAAUUAAUUGUAUUGCGCUUAGUUUAAUGCACAAAAGUUUAAGGACGAAAGCUUUAGUUUUGGAACUUCUUGCGGCAAUUUGUUUAGUAAAAGGCGGACAUGAAAUUAUUUUAUCGGCGUUCGAUAAUUUCAAAGAAGUGUGUAUGGAAAGGCGAAGAUUUACUACGCUCAUGACUUAUUUUACGCAAUACGAUAGUUUCCAUAUAGAAUUUAUGGUUGCCUGCAUGCAGUUCGUGAAUAUCGUUGUUCAUUCUGUGGAAGACAUGAAUUUUCGAGUACAUCUGCAAUAUGAAUUUACAAAGUUAGGCCUCGAUGAAUAUUUAGAGAAACUUAGACAUACGGAAAGCGAAGAUUUGCAAGUUCAAAUCUCUGCUUACUUAGACAAUGUAUUCGAUGUUGCUGCUUUAAUGGAAGAUAGCGAAACGAAGACUGCCGCAUUAGAAAAAGUAGCUGAAUUAGAAGAUGAACUUGGUCAUGCACACGAUAGAAUGACCGAGUUAGAACGAGAAUCUUUAGCGAAAUUAGCUGAAUUAGAGACUGAAUUAGGUGCAUUGAAGAUAGAAUAUACAGAUGUUUCGGAAGCGCGUAGAAUAGCAGAGGAGGAACUUACAGCGCUCAAACGACAAAAACAAGACUCUGCGCGUAGGCAAAGCGUUUUGGAGAAUAAGAUAAUCGAAUUGGAGACCCUUACAGGAACUCUUACGAAGAGUUCGUCGGCUAAUAUGCGAAAUGGAAGCGCUAUAAGUCCUUUGAACAAUCCUGAUAUUUUCGGCCCUGAGAAUACUAUGUCAUCUGAACUAAAUACAGAACAACUGUCAACGUCAGAUCAAGUUCAUAAUUCUACGCCAGCUCCACCUCCACCACCUCCACCACCAUGUCCACCACCACCACCUAUGGCACCUCUUUCACCGGGCGAUCACAAGUUACCACCACCUGCACCUAUACCACCACCACCAGCUGGCAUGAUGCAAGCGCCUGAUGGAGCAAUGACAAUUAAAAGAAAAGUACAAACAAAGUACAAAUUGCCUACCCUUAAUUGGAUCGCAUUAAAACCGAAUCAAGUACGAGGCACUAUCUUCAAUGAAUUAGAUGACGAUCGAUUGCAUAAUUACAUAGAUUUUUCUGAUUUUGAAGAAAGAUUCAAGAUCGGUAUGAGUGGUCACGUAGCUAAUGGCAAUAGCGAACUGGAUGGCCUGCAAAGCUUUCCUAGUAAAAGAUUUAAGAAGCCUGAAAAUGUAUCUCUUUUGGAACAUACGAGAUUACGAAAUAUUGCAAUAUCACGUAGAAAGAUGGAGAUGCCAGUGGAAAAAGUGAUAAUGGCCGUAAAUGCUCUUGAUUUGAAGGUGCUUUCGCUUGAAAAUGUAGAAUUAUUACAACGUAUGGUUCCAACCGAUCAGGAGAUAAAAGCUUAUCGUGAAUAUAUUAUCGAAAAGAAAAAUAUAAAUCUCUUAACCGAAGAGGAUAAGUUUUUGAUGCAAUUAGGAAAAGUAGAAAGAAUAUCGACUAAGCUUUCAAUUAUGAAUUACAUAGGAAACUUUUUUGAUAAUUUACAUCUGAUUACGCCACAAAUACAUGCUGUGAUAUCUGCAUCAAGUACUGUGAAAAGUUCUAAGAAAUUGAGAGCAGUUUUAGAAAUCAUUCUUGCUUUUGGAAACUAUUUAAAUAGUAGCAAACGUGGACCUGCUUACGGAUUUAAAUUACAAAGUUUAGAUACGUUAUUAGACACAAAGUCUACAGAUAAAAGGAUGUGCCUUUUACAUUAUAUAGUAGCAACAAUACGAAUUAAAUUCCCGGAACUCAUUAAUUUCGAUUCCGAACUCAUGUAUAUCGAUAAAGCUGCAACAGUUUCUCUUGAAAAUAUAAUAACCGAUGUUCAUGAAUUGGAAAAGGGUAUGGAUCUUGUAAGAAAAGAAUUCGAACUUCGUGGUAAGGAAAAACAUAAUACCGUUCUACGCGACUUUUUAAAUAAUUCCGAAGAGAAAUUACGUCGACUCAAAUCAGAUGCUCGUGCUGCGGGUGAAGCAUUUCGAGAAUGCGUUGAAUAUUUUGGAGAGAGUCCCAGACAAGCAGAUGCGAAUACCUUCUUCUCGCUUCUUGUUAGAUUCGCAAGAUCUUUUAAGGCAGCGGACCAAGAAAAUGAGCAACGUCGUAGAUUAGAAGCUGCUGCUGCGGAAGCUUUAAAUACGUCUGAGCAAGUAAUUAAACGAAAUAAAUUGAACCAGAAGAAACAACAGGAUGCUGUCAUAAAUGAACUCAAGAAUAAAACAAGACUGGUUCAAGAGAAAAAACUUCUACAGCAAGAUGAAGUGUAUAAUGGUGCUCUAGAGGAUAUACUUCUUGGUCUUAGAUCGGAACCAUAUCGUAGAGCAGAUGCUGUGAGACGUAGUCAACGCCGGCGAAUUGAUAACCACAGACUUUCUCGCACUGCCGAAGAACUUGAACUUUAAUUCAAAACAGUAUGUAGAUCAGAUAUGCAAUAAGUCUUAUCUAUUGAAUAAUCUAACUGUUUAAAGAAUAUUACCAUUCUCUAGCAGAUAAUUUUUUGUAAACACGCUAGGCUGAAAAUACAUAAUAUUCAAUGAUUUAGUAAAUACUUAUGCACAAAUCAAUAUGAUGUUAAAAUCUAACGAAUGACGAAACAUAUUUCUUAUCAGAUAAAUUUUUGAUAUGUGUUUUCUAACGCCUCAUUAUACUGAUAUUGAAUAUUUAUAACAUGAAUAUAAUUUUGAUAUGAAUAUAUCAACUAUUUGUGAUAAGUUUAACGCACAAUAUUUGAAUCAUACUGUAUUCAAGAUUCAAUGGUUUAUGUGAAAGUGGCGGUGCUACUUUCAAUUUUGUUUAUGAACGUUCUUGUUCAUAAAUAACAUUUAUGCUCAUAUGCCUUUAUAUUACAUACUAAAGACAUGAAAACUGUAUUAAAUGCAUAUUAUAAGACGCAUAUUACAAUUUCAAAAUUAUGAAAGGCAUGAAGCAGUUUAUUCCAGUGAUGAUACAGAUGAUAUACACGAUUAUAAUACCUUAAAUGUGAAAGACGUAAUUAUUGUAUGAAGUCUUACAAUAAGUAAAGGAUAAGACAUCUUCAGAGAAAAAAAGGAAGAUCAUAAAAUAAGCAUCUUGUAAUGUCUCGAUCCUGAUGUAAUAGCGAAAAUGAUAUUAUUAUCAAAUUUUAAUGAAAAGAGAAAAAAACAAAAAAAUAUAUAUAUAUUUUUGUUUUAUUAAUUAUCGAUCACUAUUAUACUUCAUACAUUUAUAUUUUUCUCUGGAAUAAAUGGCAUUUAAUUGGAUCAAUUAUUCACGAUAUAUUAUACAUUGGAACUAAUGAUAUGUAUAUGUUUAUAAACCAAAAUUAUAUAUUGUUCCUUCUAUUUAUACUUUACUGUAUUUACUAAUGACUAUCUUGUUUGACAACAUUCCACAAAUUACACUAGAAUCGUGUUUGUUAGCCAUUUUAUUAGGCUUGUAUGCAUUUGUCAACUUUGUGAUUAUAAAAGUGUAAUGUGGUAUGUUUAUAGUUUUCUAUUUUGGAAUACUAGAAAUAUACUUAAACGUCGAAUUAAUCAGUAAUUAUUUUGAGAUUACGAGAAAAAUAUUUUGUUGUCCUAUCUUUCUAUAAAUGAGACUGAAAAAGAAUCCAUAUUCUAGAGUGUAAUAUUACUGAAACAAAGAUAGUGAUUUAGAUACCAUUGGACUUUUUUAUGCAUAUAGAUGCUAUUUUUGUACUAUAUGAAAAAAUGAUGGCUGGCAUGAUACAUAUUAUAUUACAUUCCUUUUGAAUCACAUACCAUACUUGAAUUAUUUAUAGUGUAGUAAAAGUAUAAUGAUAUACAUUGUACUUCACAAACAUGUUUGAUGGUUUAUUUAUUCAUUUUUCUUAAACGAAAAAAGUUUUUCUUAAACGAACUCGAAAUAUAGAUACAAUAUUUGUAAUUUUGAUAUAUACAUAAUUUUUGAAAACGCAAUUAAAUUAAAUGUAUAUUUAUGAAAGUACACAUAAUAUCUUCUAACAUCAGUCAAAAUAGCCACGCAUAUUUAAAACUAUGUUCAUAAUGCAAUUAUAUCUUCACUUUUUAUAUGUCUGAUAUAUUGUAGUAGGAGGAAAACAAAAUGUGUAAAUAAUGCUGUAAUAUAUGAAACAUUUCACUAUGAAAUAAUGUAAUUAUUAUUGCUUAAGCUUAAAUUACCAAUGUGAUGUUUAUAUAAAAUAUUUGUACGUUACAUGUGCUACUUGUCGAUAUUGUAAUACUUGAGAUAUAGCGUAUCAAAAUUUGGUUAUAUGAUUUUUAAACAAUUACAUGAAAAUAUUUUGUAAUAUUUGUUUUGUUCAAAUUGUAACACAUUUAAGAAUGUUUCUAUUUUGUUCACUAUAAAAAUGUUUACAUAUUAUUUAUAUGAUAAAAUUAUCGGUGAAUAUGACAUCGAUUAAUAAUACAUAUCGCUCUGAAUUUGUUGAAUUUUUGUUAUUGUUAAAUAUGUCUACAUGUAUCAUACACGUAUUUAUACACGGAACAUCUUAACAAACUGUAAAUGUAAAAUUUAAUUAAAAGUUCAAUUUUGAUAUGUAGGUCCUGUCUAGUCAUUGUUUGUACUUUAUGUUAGGAUUUAUUAUCCUACAAAAGACAAGAAGUGUUUUUAUCAACAUAUUAACAAAAUAUGACAGGAUCAAGACGAAUUUGAUAGAGAAUUGAUAUAUCAAAAAAUUUCACAUUUGAAUAGGCAAGUUAAUUUUCUUACAUAAUACAUCUAAUCAUUUUUUCUGCAUCUUCAUACUUAUAAUAUUGUAUUUUGUAGCAAAAAUUAAGGAAAAAAGAAAAAGAUAAUAUAAUAAACAAAUUAGACAAUUAUUCGAAUAUACAAAAAUCUCAUAAAUAUAGAUCUGAAUAAAAUAAAAAUAAUAUUAUUAGUCAAAUGAGUAGAUUAUGUAUAAGUGAAUGAUUCAUUACUUUGUAUACAAUUCUUUUAAUACAGCGUGACAUUAUAAGGGUUAUAUAAUUUUCUGUUAUAUAUUUCAAGAUUUUAUUAUAAAUAAAUUUAAUUUUCCAAA